GUGACGUCAACGCGUUUCUGAAGACCCAACCCAACCGGAAGACUGAUUUCUCAUCAUUUUGAUGCGAUGCAAAUCUGUGACUGUCAACAAUACGUUCACUAAUCUUUUUGCCCAGAGGCGAACAGAUUGAUACAAUGCCCUUAUUUGAUGUGUUGGGAAGUGGAGGAGAGAAGACUGCGAUCGUCAUUGAUUUAGGAGCAGCAUACACAAAAUGUGGCUUCGCAGGGGAAACAGGGCCCAGGUUCAUAAUUCCAAGUGAGAUCCGGAAACCAGGACAACAACAGGCCAUCAAAGUGGUUCAGUACAACAUCAACACAGAAGAGCUUUAUGUCAUUCUCAAAGAGUUUAUCCAUAUACUAUACUUCAGACACUUGCUCGUGAAUCCUCGCGACAGAAGAGUGGUCAUCAUCGAGUCCAUCCUCUGCCCAUCUAACUUCAGGGAGACUCUCACCAAGGUUUUCUUCAAACAGUUUGAGGUGCCCUCUGUGCUGUUUGCCCCUAGCCACCUCAUGGCCAUCAUGACUUUGGGCAUCAGCUCUGCUCUAGUGAUGGACUGUGGAUACACAGAGACACUGGUGCUGCCUGUUUAUGAGUGCACUCCUAUUUUGCCAGCUUGGGAGGCUUUGCCUUUGGGAGGAAAAGCCAUCUAUAAAGAGUUAGAUGGACUACUUGUGGAGCAGUGCACCGUGGACACUGACAUCACCACAGGGCAGAGUGUACCAGCUGCCGUUGGGACCAUCCCAGAGGAGACUGUGGAGGAUAUCAAGGUCAGAACAUGCUUUGUUAGUGACUUGCAGAGAGGCCUCAAGAUCCAGGAAGCCAAAUUCAACCUGGACGGUACAGCAGAGCGCCCAGCUCCUCCUCCAGAUGUUGAUUAUCCUCUGGAUGGGGAGAAAAUCCUGCAUGUCAAAGGAUCAAUCAGGGACUCUGUGAUGGAGAUGCUUUUUGAACAGGACAAUGAGGAGAAGAGUGUUGCCUCUUUGAUACUUGACACUCUGGUCAAGUGCCCCAUUGACACCCGUAAAGUGCUCUCUGAGAACCUGGUGGUGAUCGGAGGCACGGCCAUGCUGCCGGGCUUCCUGCACCGUCUGCUAGCAGAGAUACGCCUCCUGGUGGAGAAACCCAAGUACAGCAAUGUACUGGCUAGCAAGAGCUUCCGUAUACAUGCUCCCCCUGCCAAGCCCAACUGCACCGCCUGGCUUGGAGGUGCAAUCUUUGGGGCCCUUCAGGACAUCCUGGGCAGUAGGUCGGUGUCACGGGACUACUACAACCAGACGGGUCGCAUCCCAGACUGGUGCUGCUUGAGCUCCCCUCCUCCAGAGUCUCUGUAUGAAGCAGGAAAGACCCCUCCUCCUCUUAUGAAGAGAGCCUUCUCCACAGAGAAGUAGAAUGUAGUUUAACCCAGUUCAUACAACGUACUCACCAUUCCACUACUUGAUAGAGCAGUAAUGUAACAUGUCAACACAAACCCCAUUCAUGUGUUAACUAUACAAACCGCUCAUGAGGUUUUUAAUGUCCAGUAGUUACAUCUAGGUUUUUGUAUGCAGUGAUUGUGAACUGUUUGAUGAUCAGGUGACCUGGUUUUCUGAGCUUAGCAGACAGAGCGGUUAUUGAGACUUUAAGCAUUUACACUGAUAUUACAGUGUUAAAAUUGGAAAUGGUUUCUGUGCUACAUGCAGCCAUGUCUGAUGUGAUGAGCAAGACACUGAACCUGUAUGUGCUUGCUCUCACACGCGCUACAGUUUGCUCAGCAGAAAUGUGCCAGAUAACAGUCUGGUUGACUUUUAGUCAUCCAUUUGUCACAGAAUAAUAGAAGAUGUUGCUAGGCUUUGGAGAAAGUUGACGUUAUUUCAGUGCAAUUAUGAGGAAGUGUGGAAAUCCCACUUUGCCAGUAAUACACCAUGGAGUUUUUCCCAAAAGAAAAAAACAAACAUUUAUUUAUUAUUUGUACUCAACUCUUUAAAGUGGUUGAAAUGCAUUAAAGGCUCUACACAUUCA